AUGCCUAAAGACAAGAUAUCAUCAAGACCAUAUGUCCCAGUGACAUAUGGCGAGAGUAUUCGCACCAACACCAAGAAGAUCAAUUAUAUUCAUGACAUUUGUUCACUUGUGAUGGGGACGGUGGCGGGGAUCUUGAACCUCGAGUCUCUCCAUGGGUUUGGGUUCUUCUUUGGUGCAAGCUUCUUGGUUGAUUUGGUGAUCUAUGUAUUGGCUCAUAUCAAUAGCGGUGGGAGCACUAGCAACUACUUCCAGCAUCCGAUAAAGGAAAUAUUUUUGGUUGACUAUUCUCGAAGUGUGUUUAGUUUCAUCAUGAUGUGGACAUUGGUAGUGUGCUUGAUCAGUACGUGA